CACACACAUACUUUAGACACUAAAGGUGUGGAUGAUGACUAUUAGAAUAUUUUAUUUUUGAAUAUUAUUUUCCAAUAUCUGUGAGUGUGGAUGUAGAAUGGAGAUGGUCCUUAUCUUCACCUUCUGCCUGAUUCUUGGUGGUACAGAUGCUGUAACUACAUUAACUGGAUACGGAGGACGAUCAGUUAAGAUUAAAUGUAACUACACAUCUGGAUAUGAAGAAUACAUCAAGUAUCUCUGCAGAGGUAAAUGUCCCUAUGUUGGGUAUAGCGACGUUCCUGUUAAGUCUGGAUCUCCUGCUAAAGACUCCAGAUUCUCUCUGUAUGACGACACAACAGCCAAAGUCUUUACCGUCACCAUCACUGAUCUGAGACCAGAGGAUGGAGGAACUUACUGGUGUGGAAUAGAACGGGCAGGGUGUGACAUUUACAAAGAGAUUCUACUGCUGGUUAAAUUGGAUAAUCCUGUUAUUAGUACUGUUUCUCAGUACACACACACAACAGACCCCACUUCAAAACGUACCAUGGGUUCAUCAGUGCAUGCUGAGAGCACACAUCCAACACCAGCUACUCCAUUAAACGAAGUUACCCACCAGACCAUCGCUCCCUCAUCACGUGAUAUGCACACUCUCCAUCAACACAAUAUUCCAGGUAAACCUGGCUACAUCGUGACCGGCACAGGUGCGGUGCUGUUUGCUCUUGCCGUGAUUAUAGGAAUCUACUGCAAAAGAAAACAUCAAGGCUCCGGAACAGUGACACAAUCUGCCGGAAAGAUGACUGGAGAUGGUGAAGGGGACAAAAAUGCCCAAGUCUAUCACAAUCUGGACUCAGUCCUCAAACAAUCAGAAUCUGACUACGAGAAUUUGGCCAUAACUAAUAACAAGUAAUAUUUAAGACACAGUUGUUUAUCCUCUAAGUGGACUGGUCUAAAGUUAACUCUGCUUCCCUAGGGAUUAACCAGUUAUAUAUAUAUAUAUAUAUUAGAUAACAGGUAUAUACAGUAUAACAUACUAUGUAAUAAUAAUAAUAAUAAUAAUAAUAACUAUUUUAUUAUAUUUUUAAGUGCAAAUGAGGAUAAUGAUUCUAAAUAAAUAUAGUUAAGUUCAUCAUCUUAAAGUUAUUAGAUGAUAGGCUAUUUUCACACAUUGCGUUAAAGUGGCUCUUAUCCGACUCACUCACCAAAUCAUUUUUAAAGUUUUUUUGUGAGCUUUCAAUAUGACAUGCAAUGUACUCCAUAAUUAGUGGCACCCCUUUUAAGAAUUAGUUAAAGCAUUUAGGAAAAAUCCUCCUUUUGUUAAAAUGGCUUUGUGAACAAAGAAGAAGUACAGAGCCUUUAACUGAAAAUAAUGUAUUUCAAGAACAAAAGUCCUUUAAAAAGGAUUUAUUUUCGACAGAAAUCUCGACAGCCAAGCAAUUAUUUCCGUGUAUUGAAAACAAUCUAAAUAAUAAUGAUAAAUACACAAAAGUAAAAAAAUAUUAGGUUGAAGAAUACAAAGCAGAUGAGAGGGCUGAGAUAGCCAUAGUUGGAUAAAAAUAAAUAAAUACAAUUUAAUUAAUACAUAAAUAAAUCAAUCAAUGAAUCAAUCAAUUAAUACAUGAAUGAAUAAAUCUGUUUUAGGAGCACAUUUAGAAUUAUGAUUAAUAUGUUUUAAUAAGUAAGUAUAUUUAUAAAAAAUAAGUAUAUUUAUAGGUAUAUCAUUAAUAUUAUUAUAUAAAUAAUUAUAGGUAUAGGUGUAUAUUAUUUUGCAAUGCUAUUUUACUUUUGCAGUUAGCUUAUAAAUUAAAAGCCUUUGGAUAUUUCCAGGGUCAUUUUAAAGAUUGCGAAUAAAAUUCUCUCUCUCUUUCUUUGUCUCUUUUUUACACAGGCGCGUACACACACACACACACACACACACGCAGACAAAUGCCCCCCUAAUGUCACAAUAAAUACACUUAGGUUUGAUUUGUAAGAUUUGUAGCACAGGUUUUAUUUUCAUAAUUAAUGGAGAUGUACGUAUUGGGUUCUUUUUUAUGUACUAAUGCUGGACUUUGAAAAUAUAAACUCUAAAUGGACAGGUUUAAAUGUUAUCUAGGAUAUGAGCAGUUUAUAUAAACUAACAAUUAUAAGUGUAGUAUUUGUCUUGAAUUAAUUGAUUCCUUUUUAACUGAACGAUUUUCUAUGCUGUCUAUUUUUUCAGGCUGUACUUAUGUUUGCAUCUUUAUUUUAAACAGUUUUGUUGUGAUGAUAAUAAACUCUGUGCUGUUGCUGACUGA